UCCGGGUCCGGCCAGGCCCGCCUCGCCCGCGGCGGCCGCCGCAUCAGGUGACAGCCCGGAAGCAGCGGAAGCGGAUGAAGAAAGCGCGGCCGCGGCCCGGGGGUGGGGCGGUGCAGAGCUGCCGGAGCCUCGGCCUGCUCCUGGCCCCCUGCGCGGCUCUCAUGCGGCGCCCUCGCUGACACCCGAAACCCACCGCCCGCCGUCCUCCUGGGGAUCACGGGGUCGCCCGGCUUGCCGCCCUCGGCGGUUGAGGUCCUAGUCGUGCGGGCCUGCGGCGGUCGCCCAUGGAGAAGACCGGGCGGGGCGGCGAUGGUUCCCCCCGGGGGCCUGUACUGCACAUCGUGGUGGUCGGCUUCCAUCACAAGAAGGGCUGCCAGGUCGAAUUCUCUUACCCGCCCCUGAUUCCAGGAGAUGGACAUGACAGUCACACUCUACCUGAAGAAUGGAAGUAUUUGCCCUUCCUUGCCUUACCAGAUGGUGCACACAACUACCAAGAAGAUACUGUGUUUUUUCACUUGCCACCCAGAAAUGGAAAUGGAGCCACUGUAUAUGGUAUCUCUUGCUAUCGACAGAUUGAAGCCAAGGCAUUGAAAGUACGGCAAGCAGAUGUCACCAGAGAGACUGUGCAGAAAAGUGUUUGUGUUCUAAGCAAGCUGCCUCUCUAUGGCUUACUUCAAGCAAAACUUCAACUUAUUACACAUGCAUAUUUUGAAGAGAAGGAUUUUUCCCAAAUUUCCAUUCUAAAGGAGCUCUAUGAACAUAUGAACAGUUCCCUGGGAGGAACUUCAUUAGAAGGAUCCCAAGUGUAUCUUGGUCUAUCUCCUCGAGAUCUUGUGCUUCAUUUUCGACACAAGGUCCUAAUCCUGUUUAAACUAAUUCUUCUUGAAAAAAAGGUUCUCUUUUAUAUUUCUCCAGUGAAUAAAUUGGUGGGUGCCCUGAUGACUGUGUUAUCCCUUUUUCCAGGCAUGAUUGAACAUGGUCUCAGCGACAGUUCUCAGUAUAGACCCCGAAAGAGUAUGUCUGAAGAUGCUGGGCUUCAAGAAAGUAAUCCCCCUGCAGAUGAAUCUGUUUCUAUGCCUGCUUCUGACAUUUCAAAUACCAACUUGGAAUCUGUCAAGAAAAUCAUGACAGGAAACCAUGGAAGAGAUGCUGCCAUCAAGACUGAAGAACCUUUAUUCCAAGUAGAAGAUGACAGCAGCGAAGGCCAGGAACUCAGUGAUAGCAAUCAAUAUUUGAAACCUCCUUCUCGCCCAUCUCCAGAGUCUUCAGAAAGUGACUGGGAGACCUUGGAUCCUAGUGUCCUAGAGGACUCCUCCUUGAAAGAAAGAGAACAGGUGGGGUCAGAACAGAAAAAUUCAUUUCCAAAGGACUCUUUGUCCUCAGACAGUCCUCCAAUUACAGUACAACCUCAAGCUAACACGGGCCAGGUGGUCCUGAUACCAGGACUAAUUUCCGGUUUGGAAGAGGACCAAUAUGGCAUGCCCCUGGCCAUCUUCACAAAGGGAUAUCUGUGCUUGCCGUACAUGGCACUGCAGCAGCACCAUCUUCUCUCCGACGUCACCAUUCGCGGAUUCGUUGCUGGAGCCACUAACGUCCUUUUUCGACAACAGAAACACCUCAGUGAUGCCAUUGUGGAAGUAGAAGAAGCUCUGAUCCAGAUCCAUGAUCCAGAACUCAGGAAGCUGCUUAACCCAACCACUGCAGACCUCAGGUUCGCAGAUUACCUAGUGAGGCACGUGACCGAGAACCGGGAUGAUGUCUUCCUGGAUGGCACAGGCUGGGAGGGAGGUGACGAAUGGAUCCGAGCCCAGUUUGCAGUCUACAUCCAUGCACUGCUGGCCGCCACACUGCAGCUAGAUAAUGAAAAGAUCUUAUCGGACUAUGGGACGACCUUUGUUACAGCAUGGAAGAACACUCACAACUACAGGGUCUGGAACAGCAACAAGCAUCCAGCUCUUGCAGAAAUAAAUCCAAACCAUCCUUUCCAAGGCCAGUACUCAGUGUCAGACAUGAAGUUAAGAUUCUCACAUUCUGUUCAAAACAGUGAACGUGGCAAAAAACUUGGAAACGUCAUGGUCACAACGAGUCGGAAUGUUGUGCAAACAGGAAAAGCUGUUGGCCAGUCGGUUGGAGGAGCUUUUUCCAGUGCAAAGACAGCUAUGUCUUCAUGGCUUUCUACUUUCACCAGCCCCACUCCGCAGAGUCUCACUGAACUGCCUGACGGGAAGCCCUGAGCCAAGCAAACUACCCAGAAGCUGAUGUCGCUGUCUUAGGUUUAAGCGUCCCCUGUCUGUCUGCUGCUCCCAGACUGUUCCUCUUCGUCGGCUACAGGUCCACAGCAGGGGACCGAUAGGUCGAACUGUUUACACGAACGGUUGCCCUCUGUCUAAAUGAAUGUCAUGGGAUGCUGAAAAGAUGAAACCACAACUGUAGCAGGGAUGGCUUCCCAGGUUGGGGUUUAAAUUUUCUACUUAUUUCAGUCUGAGCCUGAUUAAAAUGCAGUGAACCUUCUAAUGAAUUUUGAGUCCUGAUAUUAUACAUUUGUUUACUUUAGGAAAGUUUUUACUCUAUGUAAAUUUUGUUCUGUUGUUGCUGUUUGCGUAUCCAGAUGGAUGUUUAUAUGUGCUAAGAUUAGGUUACAUUACUAUUUUAAUUUCUUUAAAGGGGCCUCUAAAAUGUGCUUGUAUUUAACAUGGAGAGGCCCUGUAACCCAGCCCUUCGUUAUUAUUUUGCUGAUUUAGAUGAGGAUUUUGUUUGUUGGUUUUCUACCCACAAAACACAUUUAUCAAUUCACUUCCUCCUAGAAACCGUGAACGUCAGAGGUGGUAGUUCUGAGGAUGAAGUAUUUUGUUUUGUGUUUUCCCAAUCCUAAGCACUUGCUUUGAGGUGUCAGGGAAUGUCACUGUGCUUUCUUCCUUUUCCUAAUUGUUCAAGUAGAUGUGCAGAGAAAUAGCAUGGUGAUGGUGAUAGUGGUUUUCGAGCAGUUUAACUGGGUGUGUAUUGAGGGCAAGACUUUUAAAGACUUAGGUGUUCUGUUUGACUGUAGUAACGUUGCAGUCUUUACAUGCAUUUUUUAACCCAAAGUUUGUGCCUUCUGUUUCUUCUUUUGAACAGUUUUCCAUUGGGUGUUUACAGACUUACAGGGUUUUUUCUUUGUCUUACUCUUCAUAAAGCUUUUCAAGGCACUUGGCCUUCCUACUUCCCUGAUAGAAAAUCCUCAUGUGAUCAAUCUCUACCCCCUUCCAAUAGUUAUAAAAGAAAGACAAGAUGAUCUGUAAAUAUUAAAUAGAAAUCUCAUCUCAGCUCACAUUUAGAAAAGCAAGAGAAGAAAACCACAGCCAUGACAUCAGUCAUGUUUUGUGAAGGACACCUGGGUUCAUUUUAGACACAGGUGUACUCACUACUGAAGAUUUUUUACACAACUAGACCUCAUGCAGCUGCCAGGCUCAGCUUUCAUUUGCUUUUCAAGGGGACUUUGGAUGGGUAUUCUCAGGGAGUACUUACAGGUGACAGACUGCUUUUUCAGUAACAAAGGAUACUUGGGAAAAUACGUCGUGAGUAUAAUCUACAUUUGAUAUAAAGAGUAUUGAGAAAAUCAGGGGCCUAAUUAAGGAGGGUGCUUGAUUAUAUUUGAUUUAUCCUUUAAGAUUUUGUGUAAGAAGCACUACUAAGGCAUGUGAAAUGAAACAUAGGGACAUAAUCUAAAUACCCCUAACUUUUCCAAUUUGUGUUUUAACAGAAGUCCUGCACACCUAAAGGCAUACUUCCCUUUGAGUGUAAUAACUCAAGAAUUCAUUGAUGAUAAAGGGCUUGUUGUGAGAACUGCAUCAAUUCCACUUCUGCUAGGAAAGUUAGCUUUCUCAGGAAAUACUAUGUGAAGUGAAGAAAGUAGUACCAAACAAAAUUUUUGAAAGGUACUUUAAAAUUGCACUGAGACUAACAUCUCGUCAUUUCUUGAGGCCGCAUCGUUGGGUAGAGUGUGUAGAGUGUGGUAGUGUAUCGGUGUGCAGUUGAACUGCCAGGCGUUCAGGUGCUGAGAGCACUGUGAGGGGUCUUCCAGCACGCUGCUGGUUCGUCCUUUAGUUUGCAUGGUUUGUAUGAUUGGGGUGAAUUCUCACCUCUCACUGUUCACAGUAGUCCAAUCCACUUUGGAAUCCAUAACAUUUAACUUUGCUUUAGUUUCACUUACUCCCUGUUUUAAUAUAUACCUUAAUGGAACUUUCUAUUCAUGUUUCUAGUUAAGAGUUCAACUCUUACGGUGGUCAUUUAACUGGCUUUCAACAUAAGUAUCUCAGAAGACAGAACUUUUGUCAUAGAAACGGUCAAAAGACCGUAACUCUAUUUCCUUCAGGUUCUGGAAGGUAUGGGCGUCUUCAGGGAGUGCAGGCUAUUGCGUUAUUGGCAGGGGCCCUGGGGCAGCCAGCACAGUUGGAGGCAGGAAGCCUGGUCCCUGGUCCUGGGAGCCCACGUGCUUUAGAUUUGGGUUCCAGGCUCCAGCCGGGAAGCAAUAGCCUCCUCCAGCCACUGGCUCUGUGAGCCAUAGGAGCCAGCGCUGAUGUGGCCGUCUUGGGACAGAUCACUGGUAAAGGCGUGUGCUUUGGUUGGUCACACUGGCUCCGGUGCUUUUGCCUGAGAACUGAGUGUGUAUAAAUAGGUCCAAGGGAGCUAGGGUCAGCCAGGCUUUUUCAGAGUGUGCCAGGCACACUCUGUAUCCAGGCUAUCCAUAGCUUGGUGGAGACCUCGCUGCUGUCCAGGUGACUUAAAAAUAGUGUUUGGAAAAAGUCCCUGGCGUGCUUUAAUUAUUACGAGGCUCUGCAGUGACAAUGACAUAGGUAAGGGAAAGAGGGUUAGAGCUGGCCCGUGUCCUGGGCUAAGUGAGUAGGAAGAGUUGCCUGUUGGAGUAUGGCUUAAGGUUACUUGGCAUCUGCAUUUGGCUCUCAUAACCAGUCUAUCCCCAAAUCUGUUUGUGCUAUACCAGCCCCCAGGCCCUAAAACAAUUCUGGUCAACUUUUUGCUUUAAGAAACACAGCAGCAAUAUCCUUGGGCAGGAAACCAGAACGUAUGACAUGGUUUCCUCAGCCUUAUCUUGCUUUCCAGGUCCUAUAUUAAGCACUGAAUUUUUUAAAGAAUAAUUCACUUAGGCAAGGAGAGAAGAGAUGAGGAAGGGAGAGGUAAGAAGUUGUUGCAAAGCCGAGAGACAAGGUCCUUAAAAUCUGAAUGAAAGUAUUUUGAGAGCAGUAUUUAAUAUGCUAAAGGUUAUAAGAAUUCUUUUAGGAAGAAGUUAAAUUUUUUCAUUUGCUAGUUACAGGUUUUAAAAUGAAGCUUUAACUUUGUCUCCCUGGCAGGCAGGUUUUGUUUUUAUUUUGUUCUGUGGACAUUAGAGCCAGUGGUCCUUUUCCCUGAGGCCUGGUGUUGCGUUUAGGAGUGCCCAGCCCUGUGAGGGGCCAGUGGACUGAUCCUGAACUCCCGGGAACUUUUAUCUGCUUCAGCGGUUUGGGAAAGUCGCCUGUUAGGAUGAUAGCCGAUACAUGUUGCCUGUUAUUUUAUUGGGGAGCUGGUUGGGACUCUUGAGAUGGCAUUGACAUUUGCACGCUCUGCUUGUUUGGCCAGAGGUGGCGUGGCAUUCAUGGCCUUCCCACCCAGUUCCGUGGUAGCCGCUAGAUGUGGUAGAGAAUGCAGCCCUCGUCUCCAGGUGAUUGUCAUUCCAUGUAGCGCGAUGUGCCACUAGGAGUAUUUUCAUUCCAAGUCUUUGGACUUCAUAACAUUGGAAUUGUUUUUGCAUCAUUUCCAACAUUCCAUAAAUAUUUGUCAAGGACAAAGAAAAGGAAUGUGGAUCUUUAUUCUUCUCAUAUAAAUAACUUUGUACACAUGACUUCCUGCUUUCAUAUGAAGGAGGAGAAACUAGCUCUCUUGUAUGGCAGCUCCGAAACUAAAAGAUUGUUGCACGUAUAAGGAGUUGAAUAUAUUUUGUAAAACUCUAAUGCACUUGUAUUUCUGUGCUGUUCUAAAGAUUACCUUUUUACCUGUAUUAAUUAAAGACAUAGAAGCUAUAUAUUUAAAUCACGUUAAAUGGGGCACAACUUAGGGGUUUUCCUCAAUCUUAUUUUUCAUCAGCUUCUCACACUCAUAUAGUAUGCUGCUCAAAUUUUUUUGUGUGCAAUAUGAACAUUUGAACAUUUCAGUCAGGUACUGAGCCAGAAAAAGUAAUUGAAGUUUUUAGAAAACUUAUAUGCUUAGAAAAUAUUUUUUCUGGAAAUAUUAAUAAUUUAUAGCUGGAAAAAUAGGAUCAAGACUUGUUUCAGGCCACUUGAUCACUGGUUCCUAAAUUUAGGAAUUAUUUGAUUAACGAGUUGGUGAAAGCGUUUAGUGGGUACAGGAAUAGUUUAAAUACUUGAGAUUAAAGGCUUUCCACAAACCCCUUUCUAAGAAAGUUUAGCUUAGAAGUCUUAGAAAGUUUUCUAAGGAAGUUUAGAGCCGUGGUACAUGUUUUGAUCGGAAAGGUAGUUUCUCUUUGCUCUAGUAAUUUUAUAAUUUGUACUAGUUUUUUGUUUCUGUUGUCAUUUGUUUAAAAAAAUGUUAAAAUUAUAAAUCACAUCUAAUCAUACUGAAUUGUAAAACUUCUACUGUAUCUUUAUUUUAAGGAAAAAUGAUAAUAAAAUUACCCUGUUUGU